UGCACUGCUGCUGUCUGGUCCGGUCGCUCUGUUUUGUCUACAUAUCUGUUAUCCGUCCAUCUGCUUCCUCUCCCCUACCCUGGUUCCAUCUGAGAGAUCCGUGAAUUGUUCGGGGGUGCCUUGGGUCUUGAUUCUAACGUAGUCUGAAUGGUCGAUGGCGGACGACAUUCGACAACACCAGCGGCAACGACGCUGAUCGGAGGAUGCGCUACCGCUUGUGUACUUGUCUGCUGUGCUGUGGUGGCCGGUGCCAGUCGAAGGAGACGCCUGGCAGAACUAGAGAAGGAAAUUCAGCGCCAGGUGGAGCUAAGGAAUGCGGAGCACGCUGGGAGGAUGAAGGCAGAGAAGGAGCUCAGGGCAUUUUUUACCAGCCGAAUGGUGGCGGACGGCGGGCUGCUUUUCGCACCGAUUGCAACGGUGCACUCUUGUUUCACGGAGUGUGUUGGGACUCCUCGACAGGGCCAGUUCGCCCCGUCUACCCGUGCCUCGCUAGUGUUCGACAAAGGGUCGGUGUCGCCCGUGUCGCUGGACGGGGUGGAGGAAUUCAGCCACGUGUGGGUCUUCUGGGCGUUUCAUCUUAACACAAACCAGAAGGACGCGCGGGCGCACGCCGGCAUGCGCCCGGACAGCCGCGGCCACACUUUUCCGGCGAAGGUCUCGCCGCCGUUUUUAAAGCGGCGUGUUGGAGUGUUUUCGACGAGAACCCCGCACCGACCAAACCCCCUCGGCGUGAGCCUCUGCAAGGUGGAGGAGGUAAACGCCGCCGAACGAUCCAUCAAACUCUCCGGGGUGGACCUUGUGGACGGCACGCCUGUCUUCGACAUCAAGCCUUACGUGCCGGACUACGACCGUCCUCGCGCGAGAGACGGCCCUGUCUCGGGGGGGACAGGGGACGUGGACGAUGGAGUACGCGUGGCGGCUUGGGUGGAGGCAUCGGUAAAGCACCGGCGAACGGUGGAAUGGGCGCCCGAUGCGGAGGUCCAAUUGGAGGAGGCGUGCAGCGACAGACGAAGGAAAGGAGACGGGCCGCGAAUGCGGUUUUUCAGCGGAGACCGCGAGGGGGCCAAGAUGGCCAUCACUGAGAGCCUAUCCGUAGACGUGCGAAGCAUCCGAAAGACCCGGGAGGCUGUGGCGGCGCCGUCUUGCGUCCUCCUGUUCGACGGCCUCCGCGUGGAGUUUGCCACCACCGUUUCACUCUCCAUCGCCCCGGCGGCCUCGUCAUCGCCGUCGUCAUCACUAUCUGGGGGCUCCGCGGCUGCUGCGACGUCUGCAGUGGGAGGUCUCGAGGGGGACCCGUGUGUCUCGCCGAGGGGCGACGAUCGGGGGGUCACUGACGGAGGAAGAAACUCUUCUCCCCCGCCGGUUUCGGUGGAGACAAUCCGCGUGUUAUCGGUGGAGGUGGAUGGAAGUCGCUGCUAAACAGUAACAGCAGUUUUACUGCUGUGCUGGUUGAAGAGGUAAGAGGGGGCCGAGUGCUGCAAUAUCCUUUGCAGGCCUACAAUAUCCUUUGUAGGCGCGUUUACGGACGGUAACGUGCGAGGUGUAGAUGGAGGACGGCGGCUGCACAGCUGGGCGGGUGGAAGAGAAAAUAGAGGCCCUGGUGUUACAGCAUCCUUUGUAGGCGCUUUUACGGACGGUAACGUGCAACAAAGAGUAGGGAGGUGCUCAAACGCGAGUGUUGAGAGCUUAAUGCUCCCAGAAUGUGAACUCAAGAGUCUAUGGGACAGCAGCCAAGGACUUGACCGACAACGUCAUUGUAGACGGUUCUACGGACGGUAACGUGCGAUAAAGGGUAAGGGCCUACCCCGCCGCGAGCGUUGCGAGAGUAACGCUCCCAGUAUGUGUAGACUCAAGAGUUUGCAGGAAGGCAACCAAGGACUUGACAGACACCGUCUGUGGAGGCGCUUUUACGGGCGGUAACGGAAUGAACAAGGAGCUGCCGAAUCGCGAGCGUUGAGAAAGUAACGCGUCCAGCAUCUGUGGACUCAGAGUUCAUGGGAAGGCGAAGGAUGACGGCCAACGACUCGACCAAUUUCGUCGUAUGUAGGUGCUUGGUACCAUAAGAUGUAAGGACGGGGCGCUACUCGCCCAGAAUAGUGAUCAUUGCUUCAUACGGUAUUCGGAGAGGGUGGUUGGAUUUGUGUGAACGUUAAAAGUCUUGUAGGGCGUGCCCUUUCGGAAGUUUGUGCGCUUGAAGCACUGAAGGAUCGCCCACGUAAUUUCGCAGUAGUCAGCGGGAACGACUUUUUUUUAUCUAUUGGUCUCAACCGGGCUUCGGGGACGCAUUUGUUAACAUGUGCCGGGGGGCAGCCCCCGGUCUCGUCUGAAGCCCACUCCCUUUGAGAGUUGCUGUCUUCACACUAAACAUCGU